AGAAGCCCUAACUUCCCAAAGGCCCAGGGCCAGCUGUAUGACCUUCCUCUCCCCUCUGUCCUUCCCUCUCCCAGCUCCCUCUUAUGCCCCUAAAAUUGCACACCCCCUACUAUCUCCUGAGGUCUUCAAGGCCCUCACUGGUCCCCUACGAGUGACCAAAUCCUGGCCACCUGCCCCUUCCUAUAUCGGCCAGAAGUUUUCAAGGUUCUUUUGUCUCACCCACUCCAUCUUAGUUCCUCAGAGCAGCAACCAGCCAGUCCUCUAAGAUCCUCCACACCUGGCCAAACCUAACCAUUCACUUCCAUGAAAUAGAGUAGAAGGCUCAGGGAAUAAAAUCACCACCAGCCUGGGGGCCUGGGGAUGGGAGCCUAGUCAUAAUAGCAAUGAUGAUGGCACUUACAUAGGGCCUUAGACUCUGAACUCCGGAACUCCAAUCAGCGCACACACAUACAGGCACCGUCAUCCUGCCUUUGUACUUUCAGCGUCUCCACCAUCCCACGUGGAUAAAGAUCCCAUGAAAGAGAAUAUGGCUCAGGAAGCAAAAAGACCAUUGCUCUCAGAGGGAGGGAAACGUGCUCCACUGGGAGAGGUGCAAGGGAUCCUCCUGCCAAGUACAACAGUGAAUAACUGGGACCAGAUACAGAAAUUCAAAGCCAAGAAUGAUGAUCUUCUCAUCUGUACCUAUCCUAAAUCAGGAACAACAUGGAUUCAGGAAAUUGUAGACAUGAUUGAACAGAAUGGAGAUGUGGAGAAGUGUCAGCGAUCUGUCAUUCAUCACCGGCAUCCUUUCCUCGAGUGGGCACGCUUGCCUCAACCUUCCGGUGUGGAACAAGCCAAUGCAAUGCCCUCCCCUCGGGUACUGAAGACACACCUGCCCACCCAGCUGCUUCCUCCAUCCUUCUGGGAAAGCACUUGUAAGAUCAUUUAUGUAGCUCGGAAUGCCAAAGACUGCAUGGUAUCCUAUUACCAUUUCCAAAGGAUGAGCCAAACACUCCCUGCACCGGGAACUUGGGAAGAAUAUUUUGAAAACUUCAUGAAUGGGAAAGUGAGCUGUGGCCCCUGGUAUGAUCAUGUUAAAGGAUGGUGGAAAGCAAAAGACAAACAUCAAAUUCUCUUCCUUUUUUAUGAGGACAUCAAAGAGAAUCCAAAACGUGAAAUUCAGAAAGUGAUAAAGUUCAUGGGAAAGAACCUGGAUGAAAUGAUAAUAGAUAAAAUUGUGCAGGAAACAUCAUUUGAAAAGAUGAAAGAAAAUCCUAUGACUAACCGAUCUACAGUACCUACCACUGUUAUGGACCAAUCCAUUUCUCCCUUCAUGAGAAAGGGAAUUGUUGGAGAUUGGAAAAACCAUUUCACUGUAGCUCAAAAUGAGAUAUUCGACAAAGACUAUAAAAAGAAGAUGGAAGGAACCUCUUUACCAUUCCGCAUGGAAAUAUGAUAAUGGUGUGGAUGAUGAUAAUAAUGAUGGUGAUGAUUAUAAUUAUGAUUAUUUUACUGUGAUUAUAGUGAUAAUAAUAAUAAUUCUUUCAAGUUUGCAAAGUGCAUUGCAAAUAUUAUCUCAUGUUAUUCUCACAGAUGUUUUUGACAGUCACAAAACAACAGAAACUAAGAAAGCAUGCUCUAAAAGUAUAGUCUUGUGGUAAAAUUGGUCUCCAAUGAUUUUAAUGUCCACUUAAUACUCUUAUUAAAAAUACUACUAAUUAA